AUGGACUUCGAGAGCACCAUUCUUUCCUGCCAAGAUCCGUACUUUGUAGGGGGCCAGGGCCAUGACUGCCCCUAUUCCGACUCAACGUCAGCAGCCAGUGUUGAUGUUUCCAAGGAGACUUGGGUUUCUUUCUGGGCUUCUGGUCUCCUGGACAACACCAGGGAGAACCCACAAGAAGGACAGGCUCCGGACCAGUUCUGUGGCUUGGAUUUUACUAUUCCAGAUGACACGUGGCAAGGAGAUCAGCUGUCCUCCCAGCUCUACAGAAACAAACAGCUUCAAGACACCUUGCUACAGAAGGAAGAGGAACUUGCCAGGUUACAUGAAGAAAAUAACAACCUCCGACAAUACCUGAAUUCUGCCGUGGUUAAGUGUUUGGAAGACAAGGCGAAGAAACUGCUGCUGCACAAUGGCCAGAAGAAACAUGCAAUUCUCAAAAGCGGCAAGAGGAAAUUUAAAGAGGACAGUUACCUGGCCCCUCGAGAGACUCCUCACCCCUCCAAAGCCAGGAGGAACCUGCUCAGUGAUUUUACUGCCUGCGAAGAACAAGCUGCUCCGCCCGUGGAGACCUGGGUACUGCAAACCCUGGGACUGAAAGAUAUCAACACCAUUGACGAGUCUUUAUCAGCUAACUACAGUGCCCUGUCCUCUGAACUUGGGAAAAGCCCGUACUGCCAGAGCCAUGGGGAGGCAAUGGACUAUUGUAAUGAUGAGGACCCAAUCGCUGCUUAUGGCUGUGAUCAGAUGACUCCUAUAAACAGCGCUGCCACUCCUGGGAAGCAGGAUUUACCCUACAUCCAACCACUUUCUUCAUCACCAUGUGCUUCCUCGACGCUGCCCAGCGGUGCCCCUUUCUCGCCUUACGGAUUGCCUUACUUCGCCAACGACGUGUCACCAAACAAAACCGACAUGGCCUUUACAACCUCCCUGAGCCCCCACCGCAACGUCAAAACACACACCUUCCACCAGGGACAGGUCUUCGUGCGCCGAGAGGAGGACGGAGGCUGGAAAUUCACCUGGGUCCCCAAGCAAUCCGAGUGA